GGGAAGAUGGCCGAACCGGGCGCGGUGCGGACCUCGCCGCCCAACCACCGGCCUUCAGGCAUGGAUGGAUUUUUAAAAUCUGAUGAGAGACAACGACUAGCUAAAGAAAGACGAGAAGAAAGAGAAAAAUGUCUUGCUGCCCGGGAGCAGCAGAUCCUGGAGAAACAGAAGAGAGCCAAGCUCCAGUAUGAAAAGCAAAUUGAGGAGAGGUGGCGGAAGCUGGAAGAGCAGCGGCAGCGAGAGGCACAGAAGAGGGCCGCCGUGGAGGAGAAGAGGAAGCAGAAGCUCCGGGAGGAGGAGGAGCGGCUGGAGGCGAUGAUGCGCAGGUCCCUGGAGCGCACGCAGCAGCUGGAGCUGAAGAAGAAGUGCUCGUGGGGAGCAUCACUGGCUGCGGCGCCCGGAGGACGCGAUGCAUGUGACAAACUUUCAACAUCAACCAUGAAUUUGCCAAAGCAGACGGAGCCUCCCAUGAGUAAGCGCCUGUCUUCAUCCACCGCGACAAUGUCCUAUUCCCCAGACCGAGUAUCCCAUGCCUGUCCUCGUGUAGCUCCUGCUGGCCCCCUUAAAUCUUCCUACAAGUCUUCUCCCACUCGAAAUGCCGAGAAGAAGAAGACGACAUCUACAUCUAGCGUAGGAGAUGCUGGAAAAGGAGCCCCUGCAGGAGCGGAGGCCUCUCCGACGGAGAAGAUGAAGAGGGGGCCGAGAACAACAACUUCCGUUCCCAGCGUGGGCCUCAUGUCCCCUCUGAGAAGAUGCGAUUUUCCAGCAGGCGUUUCUAAGAGGUCGUCUUCUCCUGUGACAACCAAGGCAACUUCAAAAGUGUAUCCGCAGUCUCCAAAGAACGUGAAGCCGCCAUACCCAGGGUCUCCGGUGAAGUACCGCCUCCCCGCCUUUUCCGGCCAGGAAACACCCAAGAAGAAAGCAGAGAAAGAGAAGAGCAACAAGGAAAGGGAGGGCGCCCUGGCUCAGCAGGGGGCCCGGGCUCCGCAGGAAGCCGGCCCACCUGGGGAGGAGGCCCCAGAGAAGCACGUGGCAGACAGGCACGCCACCGAGAAGCAUGAGGCCGCGGCAGGGAAGGCCGAGGGCGGUGGAGCCUCGUGGAAGCCCACAGCGGGCACCACUGAUGCAGGAGAGGCCACCAAGAUGCUGGCCGAAAAGAGACGACAGGCCCGGCUGCAGAAGGAACAGGAGCAGCAAGAACGUCUGGAGAAGGAAGAGCAAGACAGGCUGGAGAGAGAGGAAUUGCAAAGAAAGGCAGAGGGGGAAAGACUUCGCCUAGAAGCCGCAGCCCGUAAGCAGGAAGAGGAAAAGAAGCGGCAGGAGGAAGAAGAGAAAAGGAAGGCGGCAGAGGAGGCCACGCGGCGGGCCAAGGAGGAGCUGCUGUUGAAAGAAGAGCAAGAAAAGGAGAAGCAAGAAAAAGAAAAGCAGGAAAAGGCCAUGAUUGAAAAGCAGAAGGAAGCAGCAGAAGCAAAGGCCCAGGAGGCAGCUAAACAGAUGCGUCUAGAAAGAGAGCAGAUCAUGCUGCAGAUUGAACAGGAGCGACUGGAGAGGAAGAAGAGAAUAGAUGAAAUUAUGAAGAGAACAAGGAAGAGCGAUGUGUCUCUGGAAGUAAAGAAAGAAGACCCGAAAGUGGAGCUUCAGCCUGCUGUGUGUGUGGAAAAUGAGACAAAACCAGUUGUCCCCAACAAAAUAGAAAUCAAUGGCUUGAACACCUGCCAGGAAGUUAAUGGUGUGGAACGCGCUGCCCCAGAGACUUUCCCCCAAGAUGUUUUCGCUAAUGGACUUAAACCAGUUGGGGGACUUGUUCGUCUGGACGCCCUUGAUGGGAAAUCAAACAGUCUGGAUGAUUCAACGGAAGAAGUUCAGUCUAUGGAUGUGAGUCCUGUUUCAAAAGAAGAGCUUAUCUCUAUCCCAGAAUUUUCACCAGUGAGUGAAAUGAUUCCUGGGGUAUCUCUGGACCAAAAUGGAACUGGUAAUGCCCGAGCACUUCAAGAUCUCUUAGAUUUCACUGGCCCCCCCAUUUUCCCCAAGAGAUCCAGUGAAAAUCUCAGCCUGGAUGACUGUAACAAAAACCUGAUCGAAGGAUUUAACAGUCCUGGCCAAGAAAAUACUCUGAACACCUUCUGUUGA